UAUUUAGUGGUUGUUGUAGCUCGAAGGCGGGAAAUCUCGACAUCGGCAACACGACUGAGAAAUUUUCAUAUCAAAACGCCAGAGCUAAAAGCUACCCCUGAGGACAUGGUUCAAGAGUUUCAUGUACUGAGGUGCUUCUCUUGUGAAACAUUCCAAGUCGAUCAGGUAAAAAAGAGUACCAAUAAAUGGACCUGUAAAGUUUGUCACUCAAGGCAGUCAACUAAGCAAGUGUUCUUCAAAGGCAGUGGAAAGGAAUGCAGACUGCGAGUUCAAGAUUUGAACUCUGCAAGAGGAAAAAGGAGUUUGGCUGUCGCUGAGAGUGAAAUAGCUUAUUCUUAUGAGAAAUGUCAAAAUAACAUAGUUUCUUCUUAUGAGAGUAAGCCUGGCAAAGAAUCUCAGGUUGCUCAAUCCAUAGCAAAUGAUAAAUAUUCAACGAAGGAUGAACAAAUUGGUAACCGAUGGAAUAAUUUCAUUGAUGAGACAGAACAAGAUGCAGAGGCUGAUGAAGAAGUAGAUACAAGUCUAAAUCUUGUCACAACUGAUCGAAAAUUGUUUGAAGGAGGCAGGAAAAUACAGAGAAAGAAGUACAAGGCAAAGAGAAGUGGAUCAAAGCCAUAUUCCUAUCAACAAAAAUUACAAAAGUCAAAAAAUAGCUGGAAAGAAAAUUUGAUUAUUCAUGGAGAACAAAAAAUUAAAAUCAAAGGAGAGAAUCUAGCUAGGAAAAAUAAUACAAAUUUACCUCAGACUGUCAAAGAAAACUGCAAUAGUAUACAAACUGAAAAGGCAGCAUCAAAAUGGGGCCACUUUAUGCAAGUGGGUGAAGAUAGCACAAGUAACUGUUCAGAUGAAGAAGAUGGCCCUUUUAUUAUGGAGAAAUCAAGUAAUUGGUGCCAGUAAAGCACAAGUAGUAAGGACUGCUUUUUAAAUACGUACUGACUGGAAAGCACACUUUUUGAGUGACAAAUUUUUCAAUAUAAACAAGAGAGUAGAAUUCAGUGGGUCCUAUUUGUAACCAUUCAAGCAGCCACUUAAAAAUAUUUUCAUUUUGUCCUACUUUGCUCUUUUUAUUUGAGUAAACAAUACUUAAAGGUUCAAAAUCAAUUUUUUGUUUAUCAUUCUCAAAUCUAUGUUAUUUUGUCUUUAAUGAUUAAUUGAUUAGUGGCAAGUGCUUUUUAGUUGGCAUAUUUUUUAUAUUUGCUGAUUAAUCAAUUAUUCAUUAUCAACAUGGACAUCAAUCUAAUAAUAUCCACAGAAGUCCUCAAGGAUGAUAAAGGUUAGGGACAAUGUAUCUAAAACUUUAUCUUACAAAUUUUUGCCUCCUUGCAAUUACAAUUUUAUUCCUGUACCUCAUC